UGGCUGGGGGAGACCACUGUGGCAGGGGAGAGGGAGAGGAGAGACAGGGAGGGAGGGAGGCUGGUGAAGCCGCGGAUAUUCAUAAAGACGCCAAGUGUUUUUUCUCUCGCCGUGGUGACACACUGCUAGUCUGCAGAGAGACAGAGGGAGACGGGGAAGAAGAGAGAAGGGGAAGGAGACGAAUGAAAGCAAGACGAGGCCCAGCCCAUCUUUCCAUUGAUCUUGAGGCGAUCAAGAAUAGGACAAGCUGAUACAGACUUGAGGAUGGAUCCCGGCGUAUCAAAACUGGAAUUUUGACAUCUGGACUUAACACUUCCCUUUGUGCAGAAUUUGGAUCUGACCGACCGCUCAGACAAUGGAAAACUGAUAUGAGACAGGAGACGCUUUCAAAUUCUCCCACAAACCGGAUUAUUGAUUGUUGAAAAGCUGCAUUCAUGUGGGAUCAGGUUUACAACUGGGGAAUGUCAUGCGAACAAAACUCCAAGUCGGAUAAACAUUGUAGAAAACUUGGGGAAAGGUUUUCUUCAGGAGUGACAUCAUGAACUCUGACCAGGAUAUCCCAUUGGCUUGUACGGCCAAAGCAAGGCGACAUGCAGACGGGCUUAUUUUUUCCCAGGAACUCGUAAGCUUACACUAAAAUGGACUAACUUUUUUCUUCCAGCUUUUUUUGCUUGAGAUCAAAACAAAGGUCAUCCACCUCAGACUGAACUGGAGCCUCUUUGGGGGCACAUAAAUGCACCUUUAACAGCAGGUUGGACGCCCAGUUUCAGCCAUCUGAAGACUGAGGUGCGGACAGAGCGAGAGCAAGGGGGCGGUUGGCUGGCUGAGUCAGCUCCAAUGGGGGCCGGUUGUGACCCGGUCUGACCCCGGUUUGACCUUGCAGUGACCUCUGACCUCUCCGGUCCUGGCUCUCCACCUGCUCUGCUGCCUGGGUUCGGGAACGCUCCGCCCUGGGGCCCAGAACGACCCAAUCAGAAUGAAGAAGAGCCGCAGCGUGCUGUCUGUGACUGGAGAAGAGGGCAACGACACAGAUAUAACAGGUGCUGGGGAGAAGGCGGAGUCAUCUCGCUACAGCCGAUCUUAUACGUCCGGGGCCACGCUGGGGUCUGAGCUACGCAGAGGGAGGAGCAGAAGACUCUCGUCUAGUCUUCAGGUACCCUGCUGGCUCCGCCCUCGAGACCGCACUCGUUCACCAGAGGUCCUGAACAAUGUGUCGCGUCCAACAACUCUUCCCCUCCGCAUCCCGCCCCGCAUCUCCAUCACACAAGCAGACACUGACAGUUAUGAAGCAGAAAAUGGCGUGUCACCAGGUCACACCCCGCUGGGUUCGCAGAGUCCAGGCCUCACCCUGCACACAUCCUUUCCCCAGGGCCAGAGAAGAGAGUCUUUCCUCUACCGCUCUGACUCGGACUAUGACAUGUCGCCCAAGACGGUCUCGCGUAACUCCUCCCUUGCCAGCGAAGGACACACAGCAGAAGACUUCAUUGUCACACCUUUUGCUCAAGUACUGGCCAGUCUGCGAUCAGUACGGAGCAACUUCACCAUUCUUGCCAACGUCUCCACACCAACAGUCAAGAGGUCUCCUCUGGGUGGAGUGUGCAUCAGUCCCAGGGCGUCAUUAUCAGACCAGCAGUACCAGCAGCUCGCCCUGGAUACGCUGGAGGAGUUGGACUGGUGCUUGGACCAGCUGGAGACUAUUCAGACGCAUCGCUCUGUCAGUGAAAUGGCCUCCACCAAGUUUAAGAGGAUGCUGAACAGAGAGCUGUCCCACCUGUCAGAGAUGAGUCGCUCUGGUAACCAGGUGUCUGAAUACAUCUCCAGCACCUUCAUGGACAAGCAGAACGAGGUGGAAAUCCCAUCUCCUACUCUAAAAGACAAACCUAUGAGUCACAUCAGUGGAGUAAGGAAACUGUCUCACAGCUCCAGCCUCUCCAGCACCUCGAUGCCUCGCUUCGGUGUCAACACAGACCACGAGGAUGAGCUUGCCAAGGAGUUGGAGGAUUUGGAUAAGUGGAGUUUUAACAUAUUCAGAGUAGCAGAAUUCUCCAACAACAGACCUCUCAGCUGCAUCAUGUACGCCAUCUUCCAGGAACGAGAGCUGCUGAAGACGUUUCGUAUCCCAGUCGACACCUUUGUCACUUAUGUAAUGACCCUGGAGGACCAUUACCAUGGAAACGUAGCAUACCACAACAGCCUCCAUGCUGCAGAUGUCACCCAGUCCACACAUGUCCUCCUCUCCACACCUGCUCUUGAUGCUGUCUUCACCGACCUGGAGAUCCUCGCUGCUCUUUUCGCUGCAGCGAUCCACGAUGUAGACCACCCUGGAGUUUCCAAUCAGUUCCUCAUUAACACCAACUCGGAGCUGGCCCUCAUGUACAACGAUGAGUCAGUUUUAGAAAACCACCACCUCGCUGUGGGAUUCAAACUCCUGCACCAGGAAAACUGUGACAUCUUCCAGAACCUCACCAAGCGGCAGCGCCAGAGUCUUCGCAAGCUCGUCAUCGAUAUGGUGUUGGCCACAGAUAUGUCCAAACACAUGACCCUCCUGGCUGACCUGAAGACCAUGGUGGAGACCAAGAAGGUGACCAGCUCCGGUGUGCUGCUUCUGGAUCACUACACAGAGAGGAUACAGGUGCUGAGGAACAUGGUGCACUGUGCAGACCUGAGCAACCCCACCAAGACGUUGCCGUUAUACCGACAGUGGACGGAGAGGAUAAUGGAGGAAUUCUUUCGACAGGGUGACAAAGAGCGGGAGAGAGGGAUGGAGAUCAGCGCCAUGUGUGACAAACACACCGCUUCAGUGGAGAAGAGUCAGGUGGGUUUCAUCGACUACAUCGUCCACCCGCUGUGGGAGACGUGGGCCGACCUCGUUCACCCAGAUGCCCAGGAGCUGCUGGACACGCUGGAGGAGAACAGGGAGUGGUAUCUUAACACCAUGCCGCAGUCUCCCUCGCCUCCCCCGGACAGACACCUACAGCACGACCGCUUCCAGUUUGAACUCACCCUGGAGGACCUGGAGCACAACAACCACAACCACAUAAACAUGAGAAACAGCGGCCACAAAGCGAUAUGCAACGACAGCGGCGAAGACCAAACGCAGGACGGCCCGGCAGAGCCCGGAGACGAGGAGCAGAACCACGUAGAACCUGAGAAAGAAGAUGAGGAGAAUCACAACAGCGAACACAACGGAGUCCAAGAUGAAGAGGAGGAGGAAACUAGAGAAGGAGAGGGAGAAGAAGAGGAGGUGAAGGAGAAUGCAGAGGAGGUGGAGGAGGAACAAGGAGAGGACCAAGUAGAAGAAGAAGAAGAAGAGGAGACUAAAGAAGAGGAGGAAGAGAAUGAGAAAAAUGAAGGAGAACAAGAGCAGGAAGACGAAAAGGAAGAAGAGGAAGGAGCAGAAAAUGAGGAAAAGGAAGCAAUAGAAGGAGAAGAGGAAGUGGAAAACGAGGAGGCAGAAGUGGAGGAAAAUGUGGAAAAAGAGGACGAAGAGAUGGAGGAGAAAGAAGAAGAGGUGGAGGAAAAUGUGGAAAAAGAGGACGAAGAGAUGGAGGAGAAAGAAGAAGAGGAGGCAGGAGAGGUGGAGGAAAAUGUAGAAGAGGAUGGCGAGAAAGUGGAGGAGGAAGAGGAGGCAGAAGUGCGAGAUAAAGCUGAAGAGGAGGAGGAAGAGGUUGGGGAAACAGAAGAUGUAGGAGAGGAGGAGGAGAAAGGAGAGUUGGAAGAAGCAGAAGAGGAGGAGGAGGAAGUGCCAGUUGAGGAUGAAACUGGACAGGAGGAUGAAGAAGUGAAAGAGGAAGAAGAAAGUUAGUUAUGUGUAAAAACAUUCAAAAGGGUCCGUGAGGAAAGAUUAAAGAGAGAUGAAUUUUCGGGCCAGAAAGGCUUCGACUGUUGUUGAUGACGAUAAAGAGCUGAAGACGCACCCUUCUCGCUCUGACCACUUUAUCAUGUGACCCGCUCAGCUGAAGGCCAGCGUCAAACAUCACAGCUCACAGAGAAACAUCAAAGACGGACAGUACAGCACCGGACUCAAAGACUAAACCUGGCCGGAGCGUAACGCCUUCCCGAACAGCCAGAUUGCUGCAACUGGUAGUGAUAGAAAGACCGGAGUCUUCAUCACCGAGUAUCUGUACAUCCAUCACUGCCGUAGGGGGAUAAUAAAAAAAAAAGGGGGGGAAACCUGUUUUAUCGACCUUUUGUAGCUCCUGAAAAUCUAACCUGAAAUACGUACAUGCAAAUAAGUGCUACCCAUCAUCUCUCUGUCACCGUCUCCGUCUCACUUAUGAGGAAGAUCCCACCACACACCGACCAACUGUUAAAAGAAUGUCAACACUUCCUCCGUUUGUCAGAAAAGAUAAAAAAACAAAAAAAGUUUGGAAAGUGUAGUCUGUUGUCUUAUAUUUACUACAAAAACUUUCCACUUGUGAACAGGAUGCGGUGAACACACCUUUUUUGGGGGGGGCUCUGGUGUAGGAACAGUUUAACCUCCUCACAUACUAACCUUAAAACAAACAAUGCUGGAUGUGUGAAUACUAUCUGGAUACAAGGUGGAAACAUUUACAGUCCAGCUCAAAAAGGCUGACCUGUUGUACGUGUCGAUGUCGGUUCAUGUUUGGAAAUAAUAAUAAUAAUAAUUUUUAAAAAGUAUUCAUCCCUUGACAACACUUUUGCCUCUCCUCUCUCAGACUGUGAGUUUGAUUCCCGGGUGAAUCGUGCCAAACUGUCCCACAACCAGCACUGAGCAAUUCAGCCGUCCUCUUAAUGAGGCGGCGACUCGUCUGUGAAGCAAUGAACUGUGGGACCAGGGUAACGGGUGUGAUGGUCUUCCACAAAUCCCAUUUUUCUUUUUUGGUUUUGUUUUUGUAAAAAAAAAAAAAGGUAUUUGGCACUUUAUCUAACACCCCUGUUACAUAUAUGUACAUAAUAAACAUGUAUUUUAUUUCUGCUGAUGUCAUAUAAUAAAUAUGAUCAAUGAAGUUGAAGAUUGGUGUUUCCAGUUGCUAAUUAACAAGGAAAGCAGAGCUGCAUCUUUAGCUGAUCAUCACACAGCAGACAGCUAGGAUAAUCGGUUAGUCCACUGGUUCUCAAACUAUGGUACGUGUGUCACUGGUGGUACGCAGAGGAAUAUGAGCCUACUCUGUAGUCAUGUUCAUGCAUGUAACAUGUUCAUGCAUCCAUGAUCAGUUGCGAGCUAAAAAUGUGAUGUAAAGGCAGUAAGUGCAGGUAAAAUUAAAUACUGCAAUCGUGGCUCCAAACGGGAAAUAUUAGGAGAAGAAG